AUGGCAUCAACACCUGAGCCUGACCAGGCUAAACAAAAUGGCACUUCCAAAGGUGCCAGCGAGUUCACCUCUGCUGAGCCGAGUUCGUUUACAAACUGGGGUCAUGAAAAUGACACACAGUUGAAAACUCUGCAGAACCCAUUUCGCAAGCAUGGCAAAAGGCUCAAUAACUUUUCAACUAACCAGAUAGAUAUGCCCAAGACUGGUAUUUCGGGUGAUGCUGGACUGCGCCGUGGCCACUCUUCGCUGAAUAUCGGCAUAGCGGUGUCGGACUGGGAGACUGUGGCAACCGAGGAUGAGGUUAAUCAAGGGAAACAUCCAGUGACUUCUUCCCGUCGCAAUGAUGUCGAGUCCAAGUACCAAACUGAAAAUAUUUAUUCUUCUGGGAGCGGUACUCUUUUCCUGCCAGAGAGAAACUCCAUCUUCGACACCCAGAAUGCCUCCCCAGUGGUCCCUCCUGAGCCUUCUCAACAGGGAUUUGCGAGUCACCCCUCUUUCUACUCAUCUUCCAGUUGUUAUAGCGACUUGCACAGAGUCGACAGCGCUGAAGGAGACAAUCUCGGAAACUGGAAGCAAGAGGAUGUUGAUUUCGCAAACACUCAUGUGGCGGACCAAACACUUCGCUUCGAGCUGGCUGCAGGAAAUCGAUUCUCAAAGAACUCAUUCAGUAACAUCGGUAGCCCAUUCCAACAUGAUGAUGACACGCCUGAGCCAAUUGCCCAAGGCGAAAAUCCAACUGAAGGCAACGGGUUUCAACAAGUCGAAAUCUUCCCAACUGCAACGCGAGCCUUGAGCCUUGAUUUGGACCAAGCUGGGCCCUGCGAAGACAUUCGCAGAACCGAUCCUUCGUUCUACAACCCUACUGCCAUUCGUUCGACUUAG